CUGUUGGCGCGUACAGUAAUGUGUCAUAGUGAUAUUUUGAUGUAAGCGGGUUUUCAAAUAAUAAACUACGUGUAAACAUUGUAUGGCUUCGUUUCCGUUUAUCAACUUAUUACAAUUUUAAUACAUAAUUGUUCUUGGAUAUAAACUAUCAAUAUCGAGCAAUUUAGCUUCGAUUAGAAAAAAUGUACGGCUUCGUAAAUUACGCCCUUGAACUUUUGGUGACUGAUUCCUUUGGUAAGGAGACAUGGGAGACGAUCAAGAAAAAAGCCGAUGUAUCGAUGGAGGGAAGUUUCCUGGUGAGACAAAUAUAUGAAGAUGAAAUAACUUAUAAUCUGAUCACAGCUGCUGUUGAAGUUCUACAAAUACCAGCCGAUUCCAUUUUGGAGUUAUUUGGAAAGACAUUCUUUGAGUUUUGCCAAGACUCUGGAUAUGACAAGAUUUUGCAAGUACUCGGUGCUACACCACGUGAUUUUUUGCAAAAUUUGGAUGGUCUACACGACCACCUGGGUACACUGUACCCGGGAAUGAGAUCACCAUCAUUCAGGUGCACUGAAAGACCGGAAGAUGGCGCCUUGGUUCUUCAUUACUAUUCUGACAGACCGGGAUUGGAGCACAUCGUCAUUGGGAUUGUAAAGACAGUGGCCAGCAAACUUCAUAAUACCGAAGUGAAAGUGGAGCUGCUGAAGUCGAAGGAGGAAUGCGAUCACGUCCAGUUCCUCAUCACGGAGACAUCGACGUCUGGUCGCGUGUGUGCACCGGAGAUCGCCGAGAUUGAAACGUUGUCUUUAGAGCCUAAAGUGAGUCCAGCUACGUUCUGCCGUGUAUUUCCCUUCCACCUGAUGUUCGACCGAGAAUUAAACAUCGUGCAAGCGGGCCGCACCGUCUCCCGUCUGCUGCCAAGAGUCACCAGACCUGGAUGCAAGAUCACCGAUGUUUUAGAUACGAUUCGUCCUCACCUUGAGAUGACAUUCGCAAACGUCUUAUCCCAUAUCAACACUGUAUACGUACUGAAAACCAAGUCAGAGGAGAUGAUUGUCACUGAUCCGACCCAUGAUGAAAUUGCACCGCUUAGACUGAAGGGUCAAAUGCUGUACAUUCCUGAAACAGAUGUAGUGGUGUUCCAGUGUUACCCCAGUGUUACAAAUCUCGAUGACCUCACACGUCGAGGUCUUUGCAUCUCCGACAUUCCUCUACACGAUGCGACCCGUGACCUGGUCCUCAUGUCUGAACAGUUUGAAGCCGACUACAAACUUACUCAGAACUUGGAAGUGCUAACUGAUAAACUACAGCAGACAUUCCGUGAACUUGAUUCGGAGAAGAAGAAAACUGACCGACUUCUCUAUUCGGUGCUCCCGAUCAGCGUGGCAUCCGAGCUCCGUCACCGCCGACCUGUUCAGGCACGUCGGUAUGACCCUGUCACCUUGCUUUUCAGCGGGAUCGUGGGCUUUGCCAACUACUGCGCCAACAACACCGACCAUAAGGGUGCCAUGAAGAUUGUGAGGAUGCUCAACGAUCUUUACACGGCGUUUGACGUCCUCACAGAUCCGAAAAGAAGCCCAGAUGUUUACAAGGUGGAAACAGUCGGCGACAAGUACAUGGCAGUGUCGGGACUUCCUGAGUACAAAGUAGCCCACGCCAAACACAUUUCGCUACUGGCUCUCGACAUGAUGGAUUUAGCGAAAACUGUCACAGUUGAUGGGGAGCCUGUUGGAAUCACUAUCGGCAUCCACUCCGGAGAAGUGGUGACUGGGGUCAUUGGUCACCGUAUGCCGCGAUACUGUCUGUUUGGGAAUACAGUGAAUUUGACCAGCCGAUGUGAGACUACUGGCGUGCCGGGCACUAUCAACGUGAGCGAAGAUACUUACAGUUACCUGAUGCGCGAAGACAACCACGAUGAUCAAUUCGAGCUGACGUACCGCGGGCACGUAUCUAUGAAGGGUAAAGCUGAACCCAUGCAAACUUGGUUCCUCACCAGGAAGAUGACCUAAGCACCUAGAAGGUCGAGGAAUUCUCUAAUCAAUUCAUCUGUACACGUUAUAAUAGCAUUAGAACUCUUAAUUAUUUAAGAAAACUUUAUCUAAAGUCGAAGUUAGACUAAGCAAACAAAGCAUAGCUUUUCUGUUACUCCUUAUCUGCUGUUUUGCACGUUUAUACUAAUCAAGAAUAUUAGCAUUUUAAUGUCGCAUUUUCAACAUUAAAUCCACUGUCGCGGCUUCAGCGACACGGUUGUUUUACUGACCCAGAGCCCUUAACAAUUAGAUAAGCGAAACCGUCUGUGUUUAUCUUAUAGUGUUUAUAAUAUGUUUAUAAUGUUUACAUUAUAAUAAGUUAUUGAUAAGUUAAUGAGUUAUUGGUAUCCUCUAUGAGUUUUUUUUUUUUAUGGGUGAAAAUGGUUUGGUAACUCCGCCUGCGUUAACGGGAUACGCUGGCGGAGCACUAGUAAAGGGUGAUAGAUGAGAAUGAAAACAGGCCAGUUAGCCCAUCUUGAUGAAUUCAUCAGGAAUUAACUAUUAUAGUUUCCAGUGAGAAUCCGAUUGCUAGCAAUGUAUACUAGCAAUGGGAUUCUCAGUCUCCAUUACUAACAAUCCCUUUCCCCCCUAUCCUCUAUGAGUUAUUAGGCUGGAGUGGAAAGGAUAAGUUUACGAUGGUUCAUAAAACAGUAAUUUUUCAAUGCUAUAAAAUUAAAGUAUUAGGUUAAGAGAUAUAUUUAAAAAAAAUUGCACUUUGAAAUCGAUUCUAUUGCUUUACCUGUUCGUAACAAAUUUACAUUUAAGUAUAUCUGUAUACCUAUUUCGUAUUGAUGAUUCCAAAAAGAACUUUAUUACAUUAACACUUAAUCUUAGAUUAUAUAGAUAGUGUAUACUUAACAUUGCUUAAAAAGAAACCCAACCUUUUCAUACAAUUUUGCGUGAUAAAUAGUUAUUAGUGAUUCCUUUAUAACUUCUACAUUUAUUUUGUCUUAUAAUUUCUGCAUCUUUUUAAUGCGUAAACAUUCAUUUUAUUUAAUAAAUAUAAAUAAUACAAGUCAAGAUACAUUUUAUGUGUAGGAAUAUAGAACACUGAUAAAAAACAAAUCAGCUAAUUUGACAAUUAGCGAACAAAAAAUUUACCCGUUUUUAAGGCUCGAUACUCUUUUUUUU